AUGUCGGAUCCUUCUGAUAAUCCAGAAUCAAAUCAGGAGAGGAACGGAGAAGAAGAAGAGAAAGAAGAGAAGAAAGAGCAAGUGGAUGUUGAGAAAGUAGAUGAGGAAGAAGAAGAUGAUGAGGCUAAAAGAGUUGAGAAACAGGAACAACAAAGAAUACAAGAAGAAAAGAAUAAGAAAGAGAAAGAAGCGGCUAGAAGAAGAGCUGAGAACACCCCUAUGGCCUUUCGGAAAUUGAAAAAACCAGUGAUUUCGAAACCAGGAGGCUCUAAAACGAGUUAUGAAUCCUUUUCGCGGAUGGGCCAUUAUCCCAAAGAAAGGGAUCCAAAUGAAGAAAGAGAAGAAAUUCCUCCAGUCCCAAAACCACCACCUACUGGAGACGAGCCCGGUACAUCGGAUCGAUUUAAAGAAGCUGAAUUUGAUCCAUUUGGACUCCCGCCUGUUAUUGCUAAGGAAAAAGAGAAACAACGGAUUGAAGAAAUGAUGCGAAAUCAGAAACAAAUCGAGGAAGCGAGGGCACAAAUUCUAAGCGAGAGGAACAUACUGAAAAAGGGAUUCGACUAUGUAUCUGAUAAAAUAGACAAUAUGGGACCAAAGAAGAAAAAAACUCCAGAAGAAAUGGAUAUAGGAUCCACUUCUCAUUCUGGAGAAACUUCUGUUAUUACACUGUCACCCAGAAACGAUGAACGAGUUGUAGAAGACGGGGGCUCAGGUACAGAAACUAUUUCAAAUCAAGAUCGAAACGGAGCACGUCAAGAGGAGAACGUCGCCGAUGCACCUCCUGAACCUGAAAUUCAAAACGACAAUACUCAAGUUGAUCCUGUCGUGGAAAAUCAAAGAGGUCAAGAUGAUCAAAAUGCUGCAAACAACUCUUGUUUUGAUAGUUGUGUUUUGUUAUAA